AAACCACGUUAGCUCUUACCUCAUUUUCGCUAACACUUUUUUGUUCUCUUUUCGUCGUACAUACAACAAAGAAAGACUCUGACUCUGUACCUCUCAUCUCCUUCCUUCUCUAUCUCUCUCUUCGAUUCGAUUAAUCUUAAUAUUCUUUUAAUCUUUCUCCAAUCGUAAUUAAGUAGGCGGUUGAAUUGAAUUUUCCUUUUUCUCUUCCUUCUUCUUGGGAUUUCGUUCUUUUGACAAGAAACCUUGAUCAGGUUUCUUUUGAGGGAGAAACGAAAUGUCAGGAUCACAGAGCAGUUUAAGGAGGUAUCUUGGAGCUAUAAAAGAUACCACAACGGUUUCUUUAGCAAAAGUCAAUAGUGAUUAUAAGGAAUUGGAUAUUGCUAUUGUGAAGGCUACUAAUCAUGUGGAGCGUCCUUCGAAAGAAAGAUACAUCAGAGGUGGGUAGUAUCAUAGAUGCUAUUUUCAUGGCUAUUUCAGCAACAAGACCUCGUGCAGAUGUUGCUUAUUGCAUCCAUGCGUUGGCGAGGAGAUUGUCGAAAACACAUAACUGGGCGGUUGCACUGAAAAGUCUUAUUGUUAUUCACCGUGCCUUGAGGGAAGUGGACCAGACGUUUCAUGAAGAAGUUAUUAACUAUAGCAGAAGCAGGAGUCAUAUGCUUAAUAUGUCUCAUUUCAAAGAUGAUUCCAGUCCAAAUGCAUGGAAUUACUCUGCCUGGGUCCGUUUCUAUGCUCUAUUCCUAGAGGAACGUUUAGAGUGUUUCCGUGUUUUGAAGUACGAUGUUGAGAUUGAACCCCCAAGAACCAAAGAUUUGGACACUCCUGAUUUGCUAGAACAACUUCCAGCUCUGCAAGAACUUCUUUUCCGUGUUCUUGAUUGUCAGCCUGAAGGGGCAGCAGUUCAAAACCAUAUUAUCCAAUUGGCACUCUCAAUGGUUUUAACUGAGAGCACUAAAAUCUACCAAGCACUCACGGAUGGGAUAGACAAUUUGGUUGAUAAGUUUUUUGAGAUGCAACGGAACGACGCUCUUAAGGCGUUGGAUAUGUACAGAAGGGCGGUAAAACAGGCAGGGAGGCUUUCUGAAUUUUUUGAAGUUUGCAAAAGUGUUUAUGUUGGACGUGGAGAUAGGUUUAUUAAGAUUGAGCAGCCUCCCACUUCUUUUCUACAAGCAAUGGAAGAGUAUGUGAAAGAAGCACCAUUAGCAACAGGGGCCAAUAAGGAGCUGGCAGUGGAGAAACUUACUGCUCCCAAAGAGAUUUUGGCCAUAGAGUACGAAAAGCCCCCAAAGGUUGUUGAAGAGAAACCGGCAUCACCUGAACCAGUUAAAGUCGAAGCAGAGAAGCCUGUAGAAAAACAACCUGAUCUUCUGUCUAUGGAUGAUCCAGCUCCUGUGGUCUCUGAACUUGAAGAGAAAAAUGCAUUAGUUUUGGCUAUUGUCCCUGUUAGCGUUGAGCCGCCAGCUUCUACAAUUGAUAUUACAAAUGGGAACUCGACUGGCUGGGAAUUAGCACUUGUGACUGCUCCAAGCUCAAAUGAAGGUGUUGCUGCAAAUAGCAAAUUGGCUGGUGGACUGGACAAGCUCACACUUGACAGCCUAUACGAGGAUGCAAUAAGAGCGAGUCAACAACAAAACAGAAGCCACAAUCCAUGGGAACAGUAUCCAGUUCAUAACGGUCCCAUGAUGCAACAUCCUUUCUUUGCAUCUAAUGGAGUCGCAGCUCCUCAUUCUGUUCAAAUGGCGAAUCAAAACCAUCAAACAUAUGUGUUUCAGCAUCAGAACUCUGGAAUCAUGAUGGGACCUGUACAACCUUAUCAGCACCAACAACAGAACAUGAAUCGCUUUGGCAACCCAUUUGUCUCGAAUGGUAACCCGCACCAACCGUAUGGCUCGGUUCAAGGUUACAAUUCGUAUUCUAGCCUUAUGUAAGGUGUGAUUACUUAUGUUUCUUGUGUACAAUUCAUAUAUAUACAAAUAUAUGUUGUGAGGUGAUUGUAGCUAGAUAGAUUCUUUUCGUUCAGUA